AUGGUUGAUUGUUUACAAAAUGAAUUAAAUGCUAAAAAUGAGUACAUCAAAACUUUAUCGAAACAAUGCAACGAUACGGAAUGGAGUUUGGGCGAACAUCGCCAAUGGCUUAAUGAUUCUACCAAUAGGAUAGAAGAUCUGACGAAGGAACUUUGCAAAAGCGAUGAUUGUAUCAAGCAAUUGAGACAAGAAAUCGAGAAUCAAAAUGCUGAUAUUAGCAAUUGUCUUGAAACAAUUGAUGUUUUAAAUAGCCAAUUUAGCGCCAAAAGUGAUUGUAUUGCGAAUCUCGAGAAAGCCAAGAAUGAUACUGAAUGGAGCCUAGGAGAACAUCGUCAGUGGCUGCAGAAUGCUAAUGAAAGAAUUGCUGAAUUUAAAGAGUCUGAGAUAGUAAAAGAUACGAUGAUCAAAGAAUUGCAUAAUGAAAUAGAUGAAUUGUCGAAAAAGGUAGUUCUGGAUCUCAAGGCGGCUCUUGAGGCGGUGAAAAAAGAAAUGCAACAAGAGAAGACGGAAGUAAGUCAGGUCUUUUGA